AUGGUUACCAAUUCUCAGGUUUACAGAUCAACCAGAUCCUCUUCUGAGGCUACCAAGACUUUUGAACAAGUUGUGAUCCAAGGUCUAGCUGAAGAUGGUGGACUUUUCAUCCCACCUAUCAUUCCACAGGUGUCUGAAGACACCUUGUUUAAUAAGUUUUCCAAGUUAUCUUUCCAAGAGUUGGCAUUUGAAGUGAUGAGAUUGUAUAUAGAUCCUAAAGAAAUCCCAGAUGUAGAUUUGAAAAGAUUGAUCAAAACUUCAUACUCAACUUUUAGAGCUGAAAAUGUCACACCUCUAGUGAAAAAUACCACAUCCAAAUCUUCCAAUUUACAUGUUUUGGAAUUAUUCCAUGGCCCAACUUAUGCAUUUAAGGACGUUGCUCUACAGUUUGUUGGUAAUUUAUUUGAAUAUUUCUUGGAAAGAACUAACAAAGAUUUACCUGAUGGUCAUAAAAAACAAUUGACUGUUGUAGGUGCUACCUCUGGUGAUACCGGUUCCGCUGCCAUCUAUGGUUUAAGGGGUAAGAAGGAUGUCUCUGUCUUUAUAUUGUAUCCAACUGGUAGAAUUUCUCCAACCCAAGAAGAACAAAUGACUACUGUGCAAGAUAAAAAUGUUCAAACUUUAUCUGUCAAGGGUACUUUUGAUAAUUGCCAAGAUAUCGUUAAACAAAUAUUCGGCGAUAAAGAAUUCAAUUCAAAGCAUAACGUCGGUGCUGUUAAUUCUAUUAACUGGGCGAGAAUCUUGGCUCAAAUGACCUAUUAUUUCUAUGCUUAUUUCCAAGCCACUGAUGGUAAGAAGGCUAACGUCAAAUUUGUUGUUCCAAGUGGUAACUUUGGUGAUAUCUUAGCAGGCUAUUUUGCCAAAAAGAUGGGAUUACCAGUUUCACAGUUGGUUAUUGCUACUAAUGAAAAUGAUAUUUUGGACAGAUUUUUGAAGACUGGUGUUUACGAAAGAUCAGAUAAGGUUGCUGCUACUUUAUCUCCAGCCAUGGACAUCCUAAUUUCUUCUAACUUCGAAAGAUUAUUGUGGUAUUUAGCAAGAGAAUACCAGGCUGAUAAUAACGAUUUACAAGCCGGUAAAAUUGUCAAUGACUGGUUCAUUCAAUUGAAGACUAAGGGUAAGUUUGAAGUUUCUCCAGCAAUUAUUCAAGGUGCUCUCAAAGAUUUUGCUUCCGAAAGAGUUUCUAAUGAAGAUACUGUGGCAACCAUCAAAAAGAUGUAUGAAGUUUCUGAAAAUCCAAAAAGAUAUGUCUUGGAUCCACAUACUGCUGUCGGUGUCCGCGUAACUGAAAACUUAAUGGCUAAAGAUAAUGAUAAUUCAAUUCAUUAUAUAUCCUUAUCAACUGCUCACCCAGCUAAAUUUGCUGAUGCAGUUAAUUCUGCUUUAUCAACAUUUGAUGGAUAUUCUUUCGAUAAAGACGUAUUACCUGCAGAAUUGAAGAAACUAUCUACUUUAGAAAAGAAAUUGAAAUUCAUAGAAAAACCAGAUUUAGAAUUAGUCAAAUCCGCAAUUGAAGAAGAACUUGUAAAAAUGGAUUUAUAA